GCGGCGUCUCUGAGGAUGGACCCGCACGGCCGCGCUGGCAGGAGCAGGAAGUCCGCGAAACUGCGGUCUGUCUCCCGCUCCCUGAUGCUCUGUCACGCUAAGACCAGCGACGACGGCUCGAGCCCCGACGAGAAGUACCCCGAUCCCUUUGAGAUGCCCCUGGGCCAGGGCAGGGAGCGGAUUUUCCACUCGUCGGUGCAGCUGGCGGACACAUCGGAGGCCGGGCCCGGCAGCCUUCCUGAUCUAACGCCGGCCUCGGAGGCGGCUCAGCUCCACGCCGCUGGGGGCGAUCGAGGCAAGAACUGUAGGAGGAUGUUGUUCCUGAAGGAAGCUUCCGCAACUUCUUCUCGAGAAAAGUCUGGGAAAGUAGAACCGCAAAGUAGUAACUGCCAGCUUCCCAAAGCCUGUCACCAAAGGACACGCAGCAACUCGACCAGCGUUAAUCCCUAUUGCACAGGGGAGAUCGACUUUCACACGAUAAAGAGCUCUGCGGCCUGCACGGACAGGCAGCCUUACCCCCUGUGUGGCAGCCGGAAGUCCCUCUCUCAGCAGCUGGACUGCCCAGCGGGAAAGUCUGCGGGCAGCUCGAGACCCACCCGGUCGCUCAGCACAGCUCAGCUGGCACAGCCCUCGGGGGGCCUCCAGGCUUCCGUCAUCUCCAACAUCGUGCUGAUGAAGGGCCAGGCCAAGGGCCUGGGCUUCAGCAUCGUCGGGGGAAGGGACAGCAUUUACGGCCCCAUCGGAAUUUACGUCAAAACCAUCUUUGCGGGGGGAGCGGCGGCAGCGGACGGACGGCUCCAAGAAGGGGAUGAAAUUCUGGAGCUCAACGGAGAAUCGAUGGCCGGACUAACACACCAGGACGCCCUGCGCAAGUUCAAGCAAGCCAAAAAGGGGCUCCUGACCCUCACCGUGAGAACGCGCCUGACGGCACCCCACUCGCCGAGCAGCCACCUGUCGCCCCCACUGUGCCGCUCCCUGAGCUCCAGCACCUGUGCCACCAAGGACAGCGGGCCCUUCGGCUUGGGGAGCCCUGCCGCCCCCCCCAGCACGGCCAAGCCCAACUACAGAGUCAUGGUGGAGGUCUCUCUGCAGAAAGAGGCUGGCGUCGGUCUGGGUAUCGGCCUGUGCAGUGUGCCCUAUUUCCAGUGCAUUUCCGGCAUUUUCGUCCACACGCUCUCUCCGGGGUCUGUGGCACACUUGGAUGGACGGCUCUGGUGUGGGGACGAGAUCGUGGAAAUCAAUGACUCCCCUGUGCACUGCCUGACGCUCAAUGAAGUCUACGCGAUCCUGAGUCACUGCAGUCCUGGGCCCGUCCCCAUCAUCGUCAGCCGGCAUCCAGACCCACAGGUGUCUGAAAUGCAACUCAAAGAAGCUGUGGCCCAGGCUGUGGAGAAUGUCAAGUUUGGAAAGGAGAGGCAUCAGUGGAGCCUGGAAGGUGUCCCGAGGCUGGAGGGCAGCUGGCAUGGGCGGCCGACCUUGGAGAAGGAGAGAGAGAGGAACUCAGCAGCCCCUAACCGCAGGGCUCAGAAGGUCAUGAUCCGUUCCAGCAGCGACAGCAGCUACGUGUCCGGGUCCCCCGGGGGAAGCCCCGUCAGCGGCAGCGAGCAGCAGCCUUCCGACCCGGAAGUCCACACGCCCAGCCCGAGCCUGUCCCCAGUGCAGGAGCCGGGGACGCUUCCCGUGGCUCCGUCCCGGCCGCCCCGGGAGAGCCCGCCCCGCCCUGGGUUCCCGCACAGCCACCCACCGCUGAGACUGAAGAAAUCCUUCGAGAUUUUGGUGAGAAAACCCACGACCUCCAAGCCCAAGCCUCCGCCCAGAAAAUACUUUAAAAGUGACAGCGACCCUCAGAAGAGUCUGCAAGAGAGAGAGAACUCCCCAUGCCCUUCUGGGCCCACUUUGCCGGCGUGUGGCCAGGAAACCAGCGGGCUGCCGCCAGCGCCUCGGCCGCCAGGGCAGGAAGACACGGCGGGGAGAGCCCCCCGCGUCCUCGCCUGCUGCCCGGGGCCCGCGGCGGGCCCGUCCUCGGAGGCCGAGCCGGGGAGGAGAGGAGCCAGCCCAGGGGUCCCAACGUCCCCGGUGAAACACCCGCUCCUGAAGAGGCAGGCCCGGAUGGACUAUAGCCUCGACAUCGCGGCCGAAGAGCCCUGGGUGAGAAUUUCCGACUGCAUCAAGAACCUGUUCAGCCCCAUCAUGAGUGACGGCCACGGCCACAGGCUGCUGCAGCCCGGUGCCAGUCUGGGCGAAGAAGACAGGGUGCAGGGCCACCCGGACGGGACCCCGCCGGAGCCGGGCGCCACCGGUGCUGCCCCCAAGGUCUGCAAGUCGGUGGACAGCGGCACCGUGAAGAAGGGUCCUCCCGUGGCCCCCAAGCCGGCCUGGUUCCGCCACAGCUUGAAAAGUCUGAGGACGCGUGCUGCAGACCCGAGGCGGCCGCCCGACCCGGCCUCCCCCGCCCAGCCGGCACCUGCUUCCAGGGAGCGCCCCCCGGGGCCGCCCACGCGGGCCUUCUCCUCCAUCAGGCAGAGAAUCAGCUCUUUUGAGACCUUCGGCUCCUGUCAGCUGCCCAGCAGAGGCGCCCAGAGAGCGAGCCUCGAGGCCUCCGUCGGGGAGGCAGCACGGCCCCUGGGGGAGCGAGAGGGAGGUCGGCUUUCUGGCCUCUCGGGGCAAGGGGCCGCCCCCACCUCUGAGCAGCAGCAGCAGCCAGAGCGAGAGCAGGUGCCGCAGGGCCCCCCCACCCACCCCGAGCCCGGGGACCCGCAGUUGGACAGCAUCCACGUCACCGUGCUGCACAAAGAGGAAGGGGCCGGCCUUGGGUUCAGCCUGGCGGGAGGAGCGGAUCUAGAAAACAAGGUGAUCACGGUGCACAGAGUGUUCCCCAACGGGCUGGCCUCCCAGGAAGGAACUAUCCAGAAGGGCAACGAGGUUCUCUCCAUCAACGGCAAGUCCCUCAAAGGGGCCACGCACAACGACGCCCUGGCCAUCCUCCGCCAAGCUCGGGACCCCAGGCAAGCUGUGAUUGUGACACGGAAGCCGGCUCUGGAGGCCGCGCCCGACCUGAACUCAUCCACAGAUUCUACAAACUCGGCUUCUGUGGCCAGCGACGUUUCUGGGGAUUCCACGGAGGCCACGGUGCACACGGUGACGCUGGAGAAGACGUCCGCGGGGCUGGGCUUCAGCCUGGAAGGCGGCAAGGGCUCCCUGCUCGGGGACAAGCCUCUCACCGUGAACAGGAUUUUCAAAGGGGCAGCCUCGGAACAGAGCGAGACGAUCCAGCCGGGAGAUGAAAUCUUACACUUGGCCGGCACUGCUGUGCAGGGGCUCACGCGGUUUGAAGCCUGGAACAUUAUCAAGACGUUGCCUGACGGCCCCGUCACGAUCGUCAUCAGGAGGAGAAGCGUCCAGUCCUCGGGGACCGCAGCGGCUGGGGACCCCUAGGCAGGCCAGCGCCGACACCAAAGCCGGGGACAGACAGCUCCUCACAACUGCUAAUUCUCAGGGUCACUGCUCACCCCUGCCUGGAGGGGGGAGGCAGCAGAGUCGCGCUUCCUGGUCGCUGCUGCCCUGGUCCAGACCUUCUGGGACACGCCCAGCCAGGGGAAGGGCCCGGUCACACCGGGGAGGCCGACACCGCCUACAGACUAUGUCCAGAGAGCGUAACAGUAAUGCUGUGGUGCUAUAAAUAAAACGGACACGUUACAGUUUGAUAU